AUGUUCUACGACGCAAGCUUCAGAUUUCCACAAAACUUGCUCAUAGGCAACGUCUUCAGUCUGGGCAACUACCACCAAUGCCUCGCUAUAAACCAGCCUGAAGGCAUCCGAGGCAAAUACUGCCUCAUUCAGACCCAUAGCCUGCAAAUACCUAUCUUAGCUGGAGGCAACGUCACUUGGGCUGAGGUUGAAAAUGUAUGGAGUGAAGAGAAUUUGAGGGCGUAUAAAGCGAUGCCAGGACUUGCUUUAAAUGAUGAAGACAUUUCUAGAACGUCUGUCUUUGAUAUAAUCAAUGGUGUUCCAUCGUUAACGCUCGCCAUCUGUAUACCGCGCUCCUGUAAAGUGGCCGAUGUCUUAGAAGCAUUGGACAGCAACUAUAAUGUGCAGUUCAACUACACUGAACAGUUCUGUCGUUUGCCAGGUGACAAGCUUCACUCCGGAGCUGAUAUUACUGCUCUCGAUAACAUGUUUCUAGCCUCCACAAAACCUGACGAGUUACGAAGCUGCUUCUCAGUAUACGGCAACACAGACCGCCUGCUGACGCUCACCAGCAAGCCUGGCGCGCUUGACUGCCUCGACGGCAUCCGAGCCCUCUCCAUACUCUGGGUCAUCACAGGACACUCGUUCCUUGCCCAUCUCAACACGUAUUUAAGCAACUAUUUUGAUUUGCUUGAACUCGCGCGUGGUCCCGCCGGCGUGGCGCAGCUGUGCAUUCUGCGCCGCCUGCACGCGGGCGGCGGGCGCAGCGCUGCCGGCGCGCAGCAGGUCCAGGCGCGUGCGCAGCCGCCGCCCCAGCAUUGCCACGGCGGGCUCGCGUGCCGUGCUGCUGGUUCGGCGGGCCAGGCAUACGUCGCGGGCGUGGCGCGCGGCGGCGCGUCCAACUCAGCGCGGCAGGCGUCGCAGGAGCGUGCGCGCCGCUCCAGGCGCGUGUCCGUCCCGGCCACAGCGCCAGCAAGCGGGCCGCCGCUUGGCCGCCGCGGGCGCCUGGCCCACGCGGUGCAGGCCGGCCGCGCCCUGCCCGAGUCCUGCCGCCGGCGCCCCGCCGCCGCCGCCGCCGGUCGCCGCUGUCUCGGCGUGCCGCUCGGCCGCUUCCAAUGCGAGCGCCAACUCCACCGCCUUUUUUGGUCAACAAAUUUAAGAGCGUUUUACAUUUUGGCUGCGAACUUGAGCGUUGACUCGUUCUUUGCGCUCAGUGGUCUCCUGCUAGUUUAUACAGCAGCCAAUAAAAUGAAGCCUAUGCAACUUAUAAAAAACCUGCACCUAUUCUACCUUCACCGACUCCUGCGCAUGUUCCCACUGCUGGCAGCCGCAGUGCUGCUCCAAGCAUCCGUGUUUCACCAGGUGUCCGACGGCGUACGUUGGAACCGCGUCGCGUGGGAGACGCAAAAGUGCCGCGACCAUUGGUGGUCGGCACUACUGCAUAUACAGAAUCUGGUCAACCCUCGAGCAAUGUGCGUGGCCCAUUCGUGGUACCUGUCAGUGGACGUGCAGCUGCACAUCCUGUCACCACUGCUGCUGUUCUGGGUACUUGGCAGCCGCCGCUCCGCCUGGGCCGGGCUCGCUGCCGCAAUCCUGGGCUCUCUCACCUUCGUCACUGUCUAUAGCUUCCUGAUGAAUUUCAAUGGAGACCAACUAGACGAUCGUUACUCAGUAUAUUUCUACCGUAACACCCUUGCACGGUCACCGGUAUUCAUAAUCGGCAUGCUGUGCGGAUACAUGCUGCACGUUACAAGAAAUAAGAAGAUUGUAAUGCCUUGGUGGUUGGUUUGCUUCGGACACACAUUGGCUAUAGUACUGUUAGGGUACUGCAUGUACCACGAGCAUCCUGAAUGGAGCCAAUUAGCCAUCAAUUUGAACAUAGCACUGGUACGGCCCGCUUGGGCUGUCUCGCUCUGCUGGCUCAUUGUCGCAUGUGUCAACGGAUACGCAGGUCCGAUCAACUGGUUCCUCUCCAUCAACCUAUGGAAGUUUGUAGCCCGAAUCUCAUACGCAAUGUACAUCUUCCACCUCCCGAUGCAGUUCAUAAUGGUUGGCGCCAACAUCAUGCCCAUAUACUUCAAGUUCGAAACCGUUUUUAUAAACCUCGCGAGUGAUGUGGCGUACGCGGUAAUCGUGGCGGUGGUUAUGUGCGUGCUUGUGGACGCGCCCUUCUCUACGCUUAUCCGGAGGCUAAUGGCGGUAAUCGUCCCUGCACAUCCGAAAAAACCAGCUUAACAAAAGGAAACUCCGGAUUAUUAGAAUCUUUAGACUAAAUAAUAUAUGAUAAAUUAAUAUAAGUGAUAUGAUAUCAUUUAUUGCACUUUACUGACUCUUGUCAUGUUAAUUUACUUGUGGGCUUUUUUGUAAUCUUUGAUAUUUUGUCAAGGGUUUUAGUAGGUGCCUAAUAGUACAUUAUGAUACAAGUGUGAAAAGUAGUAAAUUCGCAACGAGUUGCAAUACAUUGAAACACGACCGAAGGAAAUUCGCAAAAAGACACGAGUUGCGAAUUACCUUUUCGCACGUGUAUUGUACAACGUUUGCAGUACAUAUGGCCCUUUACAUUUUUGACAUACGCACGUAUUGUCCUUAAUCCCGCCCUAGGGUGGUAUACUUACACCAUAUGUACUGUAAAUGUAAUGAUUGGAAAGAGAUAUAGAGUUGUAGAAUGAAACGACCCCGUGUUUGACAGACGAGCUAGGAGGCGUAACUGAACAUUCAAACGUUGAUAGGCACAGCGUCAGA